AUGUCUGGUGGUGCUCCUAGAUUUGAAUCCAUGAAUAUGGUUGAAUCAGAGACAAGGCCAACUCUGAGGACUGCUGCUAACAAGGCUACUCCGUUCAUCACACACAAAGAUGUGUCAAAGUCACUGAGAAAGCUUGAAAGAUCCGCAUCUAGGCUCACUGGAUCAGAUGAGAAAAUAUCUUAUGCUUCACCAGCAGAAAUUGGAUCGUCUUCUUCUCGGAAGCACAAGACUCUUACCGCAGUUUCUGUAUUACGACGGCAUGAGCAAGUCCUGAAUUCUAGUCUGUCAUUGAAUGCAUCAUUUUCCUCUGAUGCCUCCAUGGACUCGUUCCAGAGCCGAGCAUCAACAGGUCGGUUGAUUCGGUCAUAUAGUGUUGGAAAUAGAAGUAAGUCUUACCCUUCGAAGCCAAGAAGUGUGGUCUCUGAAGGAGCUUUGGAUUCACCACCCAAUGGUUCAGAGACUAAGAAGAGGUGUGCUUGGGUGACACCAAACUCCGAUCCGUGCUACACUGUUUUCCAUGAUGAAGAAUGGGGUGUGCCAGUUCACGAUGACAAGAGGUUAUUUGAACUUCUUGUCCUUUCGGUUGCUUUGGCCGAACACACAUGGCCUACAAUACUGAGCAAGAGGCAGACCUUCAGGGAAGUUUUUGCUGAUUUUGACCCCAAUGUCAUUGUGAAUAUCAAUGAGAAGAAGCUAAUCGGUCCAGGAAGCAUCGGGAGCACUUUGUUGUCUGAUCUUAAGCUAAGGGCUGUCGUUGAGAAUGCGCGCCAGAUAUUAAAGGUGGUAGAAGAAUACGGAUCAUUUGACAAGUAUAUAUGGAGCUUUGUGAAGAACAAGGCGAUUGUGAGCAAGUUCAGGUACCAGCGACAAGUGCCUGCAAAAACCCCAAAAGCAGAAGUGAUAAGCAAAGAUCUAGUGAGAAGAGGGUUCCGCGGGGUAGGACCAACGGUGGUGUACUCCUUCAUGCAGGCGGCAGGGAUAACAAACGAUCAUCUCACCAGUUGCUUCAGGUUCCACCACUGUAUAUUCGGACAAGAAAGGUGCGUCUAA